AUGGACGUUAAAGUUGUUGUCACCAGAUGCGAAGACUACACUGAAACGGAGACGUGGGGGAUGAAUUAUAACUUCGCAUACUUUCUCACCAUUGUCAUGAUGUUCAACCUUCUUUGUGGAUCUCUUCUUGUGAUGCUUAGAUUUAGAGUCGCCGAAUCGUGUGCUGUUUUGGCGACCACCAUAUUCUUCCAAGUUGUCCUUUACCAAUUGUACGGUACCUAUCAUCUCUUGGGCCGGAACUUCUCAAUUCUUGCUGCACUUCUUCUACUUGUUACUGAGAAUAUGCUCCAGAAGCCAAAGAAGUACGAUCCGCUGCCAAAGGAUGAGAACGAUUAUGAAGUGACAUCUGUAAUGCUGUGUUGUUGUCGAAUGUUCCUGAAUCUGAUGCUCUGCUCCAUGAUUCAUUUCGAUAUGAGCUAUAGACGUCUUCUACUUUGCGCAGUCUCAUACGCUAUGAUGAUGGCCGUGUGGUGUGGAUACAAGACCCGAAUGAUUAGUUUCAUGCUUUCCGCAUGGCUUCUGGCAUACAAUAUCUUCCUCAACGACUUCUGGAAUCGAGCUGUCAACUCUCAUGUUAUCAGAUACGACUUCUUCCAAACGCUUUCCGCAGUCGGAGGCCUUCUUCUCUUAAUUCACACUGGUCCAGGAGAGCUUUCGAUCGACGAGUUGAAGAAGAAAUGGUGA